AUGGAUGCUAUUUGGGAAUAUUCUGUCGAUAUCGACGCUGAGGUGGCAGCGUCCACUGGCUGUUUCACGACACUACCAAUCCGCAUUCAUCAUAGAAAUGAUCUUGCAGAUGACGCCACCAAACAGUCAAUUCUGGAUUGGGGUGCCUAUAUUGGUGACGGUUGGGAGCACAAAUCUGGCUCAUCGUGGAGUCCCGUUGGAAAUUGGGGGGCUUUCAUCUUCCCGGAGUCUCUCCCUGAGCGUUUGGGAGUCAUCACAUAUUUGGCUAACAUGGGAAACAUCCACGACGAUUUGUGCGACGAGCUUCCUUAUGAGGAAGCUCUCAAAGAGCAUAAGAGCCUUAGUCAGGCCAUGGAAAUAAGCGCAGUGGACAAUCGGAACAGUUCCAAAGCUGCUGAUCGCUCCAUGAAAAUGAAGCGUUACAUAUCAAAGUGUCUUCUCGAGGCAAUGGAGAUUGAUAGACAUCGAGCCUUGCGCAUGAUCAACACAUACCGAUCUAAAUGGCUGGAUGUGAUGGAGAGGAGUGACGUGAAUGAAAUUAAUAGCCUUGAAGAGUACCUGAUCUUCAGAAACCUGAAUGGAGGCAUGGAGGCAUUCUGGAGUAUGGUAGAGUUUGGGAUGGCAGUCGACAUAUCCGAGCAGCAGAAAACUGCUGUUCGUCCAAUUUUCCAAGCGGCUGAAUCCGCACUUGUGUUGACAAACGACUACUGGAGUUGGGACCGCGAGUGGCGCCAGGCUCAGCAGACGAACGAUCCUAGAAUUGUCAAUGCCGUCCACCUGUUCAUGAGAACUCAGGGUCUGUCCAUGGAGCAGGCCAAAGAGACCGUUCGUCAGAAAAUCAUAGACUACGAACAGACUUUUGCGCGACUUAAGACCGAGUUUCUCGGGGAGAAUCCCAAUGCCGACUUGUAUCUCAAGAAGUACAUCGAGGUUUGCGGAGCAAUUGUUGCCGGCAAUCACUACUGCGACGGGAGUUUCUCAUCUUCGCCAGUUCGCGAUGUCGCUAUUCAGUCUUCAGUUUCUUCUCCGGGACCAUAUACCUCAAGUGUCACGUCGCACAACUCAUAUCCGACGACGGAUCUAGCGCUUUCCGAGCCUCUUGCACUCACAGCGGAGGAGAACAAGACUUCGCCAUCGCUAAGCAACCGAGCUUUGAUGGCUCCAUGCCAGUACAUACGCUCUAUGCCAUCUAAAGGCUUACGUUCACUGAUGGUUGAGGCGCUCGACCAGUGGUUGCUAGUGGAUGACGAGGCGCUUGUGACUAUCAAGAAGAUUAUCGACCUAUUGCACAAUUCCUCGCUCAUCCUAGAUGACAUAGAGGACAAUUCCCCUCUCCGCCGCGGUCUACCAGCAACACACAUGAUAUUCGGACAAGCGCAGUCAAUCAACACGGCAAAUUUCAUGUUUGUUCAGGCUCUUGAGCAUCUCUUCAUUGGGCAGAGCUGGGAUCUCUAUUGGAAGUUUCACCUUCAAAUCCCCACAGAGCAAGAAUACUUCGAAAUGAUCGACUCAAAGACAGGCGCGAUGUUCAGUCUUCUGACUCGACUAAUGCUUCAAGAAAGCUCCAUUGUCACCUCCAGUGACACAGCCCAAUUAUUAGUCAAGAUGUGCCAUCUCUUUGGACGAUUCUUCCAGAUCAGGGAUGACUACAUGAAUUUGCACUCCAGCGAGUAUUCCGAUCAGAAAGGCUUCUGCGAAGAUCUUGAUGAGGGCAAAAUGUCUUAUCCGCUGAUUUUGGCCCUGCGACAGAACCCCGAGCAUCAGGAUCACAUCAUGGGCAUCUUUAGACAGCAAGCCGCGAACACGUCUCGUAACAACUCUGCAGAACCUCCGAGGUUGCCUCAUGAGACUAAGAGGUACAUCAUUAGGCUUUUGAAGAGCUCUAAUGCUAUGGAUCUGACGCUGAAGAGGUUGAAGAAUCUUGAGACGGCAGUUGAGCAAACAAUUGGCGAGGUCGAAAAAGCAUUGGGUGAUAGCAACCCCGUGAUGCGAAUUCUUCUUGGUAGACUGAGUGUGAGGGAUAUCGUUGCUUGA